UUUUCAUUCGCACCGCCAGUCGUUCAGUACCUUAUUCUUUUGCCUUGCUGUUAGCGACGUGUCCAUCACAAACACCCAAGCAAAUCAAACAAACGCAACAACAUGGGUUUUGCAAAAGUUCUCUACGCCAUCACUUUGCUUAUUGCAUUGACCCUCAUCGGUCUCGCAGGCGCGAUCUUCCAAGGAGUCUUUGAAGUUCCUGCAGACACGGGCAACCGCCGAACCAACGCGGCAGGUACUUUCUGCUCUGCAGUGUCCCUCUUGGCAGGCACAACCACCGCCCUGGCGUGCAUUCUUGGCCUGAUCCUUGACCGUGAUAGCACGCACAGCAACCGCCGCAAUGCUUCCGGCCAAGAAGAAGUCCGCAAGCCCCUUUACGGCUCGUCUUCCGCUACUCUGGGCUCCCUUACUAUCGCCCUUGGUCUGACUCUGGUUGCGUUCGGCCUUGCCAUCCGCAUGUUCAAUGACCGUUUCGACAACCUCGGCAGCGUUACCAAGGCCAUGGGUUCGUUCGCAAUCAUUCUUCUUCCGUUUGUGUUUGGCUGCUGGCUCGCGAGCCUCCUGCUCAAGCGCACCAAGAGCACUAUGGUUGUCGAAUCUGGCGCUCCCCGCCGCAUCAACCCCAUCCCCAUGACUCCUGUCAACCAACCCGUUGCUCAGCCUGUUUACGCUCAGCAGCCUGCUUACGCUCAGCAGCCUGUCGUGUAAAAAGAAACGCUGCUGGUUGCCAAGCGUCCAAUGUUUGUGCGUGUUGUAAAUUGCGUGUAUUGUUGUCUGCAUGAUGCGCGGUUCUUCUCUUGUCCGUUGAGUCAGAGGUGUCGACUCUUGGACAAGUUUUCUGAUGGAAAAGAAGACAUUCAGUUCCGGAUGUUUGCUGUCUGCCCGAGUACUCGUCGUUGUUGCCUUCUUGUCUCGUUUUUUUGUUUUUCAGUGCAACUUGUUGUAUGAAUGAAUGCGAACGUUCGGUCACA